UGUUCACACCUCGACCGGCAAACCGACGUUUGCCGACCCUUGUUCUGGCACACUCAAGCCUUUUAGAACCAAUGGAAACGAGUGCGUCGACACGACGGUGCGUAAUUCUCUUGCUAUCCAGGGGGAGCAUAUUUUCAAGGCGUCCGCAGAGCAGAAGACCGUUUUCCUUAAUCAUUAAUCUCCGACUGUUUCCGGAACAUCAGAAGUGAAAGUGCGAGGUCCAGGAAAAUGGCUGGUUAAGAACGCGCGGUGUUGAAGGUCGUCGUUUUCCCAACAUUAAUCGAAACUGUUCUCGAGUCCUCUCGAUUUUUAUUCUCUCUUAUUUGGUACAUUCAAAAUCUAAAGCCAUCGAAGAGCAGCGGAGAUUUUCAUUCCUGGAGUCACAGCAGCACGAUGGGCGCGCUGAUCAUGUGUAUGUGCCUUGUGGCCGCUCUUGGUGCACCUUUGUGUGGCGCCUCUCCAGUUUCAGGAAGCCUUGAGGUUUUAGUGAGGACUCCUGUCUCUGUGCGACGCGGCCACACCAUCACACUACCAUGCUGGAACAAUCCACCACAGAGUGCAGAUAGUUUGGAGGUCUCCUGGUAUCGUAACUACGACGCCCCAAUCAUGUCUUACCGGGGUAAGAAGUUUGAGAAUGCAUCCCAGGAUGCUUCGUAUGUGGGCCGAGUCUCGUUUGGCUUGAAGGACGCAGCGUCUGCUGGGCUGACGGAGGGCGACGUGAGCCUGAAGCUCGAAAAAGCCACAGUUAAAGAUGCUGGAGAUUACAUUUGUUACGUCAGCAGUGAACGUGGUUACGACAGGGCAACCGUCAGUCUCUCUGUGACAGAAGUGGGAACCUCCCCGCUCCUGUCAGCAGUGUGGGAAGAAGACAACAUGUUGAAUAUGAGCUGUGAGUCAGAAGGCUGGUACCCAACGCCGUAUCUGCGCUGGUCGGAUGGAAAACAGCUUCUUCAAUCCACCAGAAGUCUGAGGUACAGCGAGGACUCGUCCGGUCUUCAGUCUGUCCACAGUUGGCUUCUUGUCUCCAGCUCUUCUGAGGUUUCCUGCUCAGUAGGAAUCUUUGACGAAGAGCCGAAAGAGGCAAGAGUGCGUCUGAAAAGCCCUCCUCUUAUUGAGUCUAAAUCCUUCCUAGCUGGAUGGGUGUGUUUCGCUUUGCUCCUCUGUGCCACUGUGGUGUCUCUUGGAGUCUUGUACUACAAAAAGACAAGGAAGGAACCCAAAUUCAAAUGUGAACAUGCUGACGAGAAUGAUCACCUUUUAAGAAAAGAGAUCCCGUCACAACAUCCAUCAGAAGAGAUCAAGGAUAAAUAUGUAAACGUCACACUUCAAACAGGAAAUCCUCAUGUCAAAAUCAAGGGUUGUAUAGUGAGAGACGGCGGGGGUCCCUUUCCUGAUGGAGACGGAGUUACUUGUCUCACAGCCGUCACAGGAACACGUGGCUUCUCUUCUGGACAACACUACUGGGAGGUUUCUUUAAGGAUAUAUGAUAAUGUACCUCUGAAAGAGUCCUGGUGGGUAGGAGUUACGAGUAGAGCUGUCUUACCCACGGAGUCUGAUUUCUCACCAACUACGUCAAACGGUUGCUGGUUCCUGUCCUCUUCCCCCGAUGGCCUCCAGUUUAACAUGGAACCGAGCGUCUCACUGCCGGUCAGCUCCAGACCCCAGACGGUCGGUGUGUUUCUGGAUUACGACCACGGAAAGCUUUCCUUCUACAACGUGGAGGAGGGUUGUCUCAUUAGCAGUUUAACAACCACCUUCAAAGGUGAAAUCUUUCCAUUGUUUAAUCCUGGUAAAGGAGACAUAUCAAGUAUGAAGGUAUUACAGAGGGAAGAACCGGGUGGGUCUUGUGGUACAAAAGUCUUUGUAUCAGACAUGUCGACACCUGUAGAAGAGAAACAGAUGAACACUCCUGUAGUUGAGGGGAAAAGUGUUGAGUGACUGAAAUGGGGAACGAAGCAUCAUCUGAUAACAAGUCAAUUUUAGAGAAGACGUUUCUUAUUGUCUAUCGUUAUUUUAGCACAAACUCCAAACCAAAUGUGCAUGUGAAUAACAGAAUAACAUGGAUAGAAACCUCUCUGCAGAUGUGACGGUGGUGUCAAUCUUUUUUAUCUAAAUGAUGAAUCCACAUUUCAUUUUGUGUUUUUUUUAUACUCACUAUAGUAAAAACGUAGGCUUUCAUGUGUUUUUAUACCAUAUUAUCAAGUAUACACUGAAAUUUAUCUGCUUUAGUCUGCUGUUAUGCACCAAACCGCCAAGUCAAAUUCCUUGUAUCUCUGACAUAUGGCAAUAAAUGUUUCCUGAUUCCUGAUUAUACAAAUGUCAUUCAUACACAAAUUCUAAUCAUUUUUGAAGUUAUUAUUGCAUGUGCUGUGUGACUCCUCUUUUUGUGAAUGUGAGUACAUUUUAAGCAUUAAUUAUUUCCAUGAUACACAACUAUAUGUUGUCUUUGCUUUUGGUUAUUGUGGUCUUGUAACGGAGCAGUAAACACACUACGAACAGAAAUACUGCAGAAGUGAGUCUACAAGCCGGACACGAAGGAUCUGUGACGGCAGCACCGACAUACUCGAGAGACGCUGGUGACAAAGUGACAAAAACAGGACUCUGGCACCACCACUAAGUAACGUUUAACAUACAUGUUGGCAUCUGAUACGAGGAAGACGGCUUGACUCACAACUUAGAAUGUGUGUGUACUCUUUGUGACUCUGCUUUUUCAAUAAAUUCAAUCAAUAUGUGA